AUGGGCAACGAAGCCAGCCUGGAGGGCGGCGAGAGCCUGGCCGGACUGCCCGAAGGUGUGGCCGGGGCUGCUGCGGGAGACCCGGCGGGCCUGGCGGAGGACCUGAGCCGCCUGAGCCCGGAGGAGCGGAGGCAGAUCGCCGCCGUCAUGUCAAGGGCGCAGCGGGGGCUGCCCGCAGGAAAGACCGCCGGCCCGGAGGCGCCUCCCUUGACAAGAUCUGCUCCACCUGAUGACAGUGAUCACCCAAAACAACAGGGCAAGCCUCCAGAUCCUGGCCCCCCCACACUAAGUAAAAGCAGAACAGCUGAUACCCUGAAAACGGAGCAACAGGUCCCUGGAAGAAGCACAUCGUCCAUGAGUUUGAGAGAGUCUAAAUCAAAGACUGAUUUGAAGGAUGAUCAGAAGCCAACUAUAAUGCCCAGCUUUCUCUCAGAUGCCAACCCAUUUGGCGCAGUCACAUCAGUUGUAAAUAAAUUCAAUCCUUUUGAUUUGAUAUCUGACUCAGAUAUAGACCAGAAUGAAGGCUCCAAGAGAGUGAAGCCCACCCAAAAGGAACAGGAUAAAUCUGAGCAACGAGAGGGGAUCUCCAAGCAACCACUGCAACAUUCAUCUCCAAAGCCAAGUAGUCCACAACUUGGGGCUGUCAAACUGGUCCCACAAAAAACAGGAUCUCCCAAACAGGCACUGCAGCAGCAACCACAGUCUGGAAUGCCUAAGCAAAGUCAGAAAACAGGCUCUGGCCAAACAACAGAAGAAGCAAAACAGUAUCCAGGACCACCCACGUCUCGGUUCCUAAAACAAGAAUCUACGAAACCUGCAAAAUCUUCACCACAACAGUCGGGAGCUGGAAAGCCUCCUAGUAUGGACCUUGCUAAAACUUCCUCCUCUGUUCUUAAAAAACCAGCAUCCCAACAGGGAGCACCCCCUUCUAAACCGAAACCUCAGCAGCCGGAAGGUCCUUCGAAACCUGAGCCAGCAGCGUCCAGUAAGCAACCAUUGCAACAUGUGGCCGGUCCUGCAAAAGCAGCACUCCCCCAGCCUGGAGGAUCUGGGAAACAACCAUCUCAGCCGCCUGGGGCACCUGCAAAGCCUCCCACCCAACCGGCUGAGUCUACCCUUCGAUUCCAGCAACAGGCGGGGCCGGCAGAACCUGAUGAUCCACUGCCUGGACCUUCCCAGCAGCAACAUGUAACUCCAUCGCAACCCGGAUUACAAGCCACAAAGAAAAACUUUUGCCCACUUUGCACAACCACUGAACUCCUCCUGCACGUUCCUGAAAUGGCCAAUUAUAGUACUUGCACCCAGUGUCAAACCAUAGUCUGCAGUUUAUGCGGUUUUGAUCCUAAUCCUCAUAUAACAGAGAUCAAAGAAUGGCUGUGUUUAAACUGCCAGAUGCAAAGAGCUUUAGGGGGUGACUUGGCUCCUGCUCGGCCUUUGGCACCCAGGCAAGAGACUCCAGCCACAGCAGCUUCCCAACCGCAGCCAGCCGCGAAGAAGAAAGAAAGUGCUCUGAAACAGGAUGCGACAAAGUCCGCGGAACAGCAAAAGCCGCCAAGCCAAGCAAAGCAGCCGCCCGCCCAGCCCGGUUCUUCUCCCGCAAAAGCGAAGGCUCUUCCUGCUGAACCCAGGACAGCAGAAUCCGCCCCCAAGUCCCACCAGGCCCAGCCGUCGGGAAGCGAGGAUCAACGGAAGCAGCCCGGUCCUCGGAAACUCACCGGCGAUGCCUCCGCAUCUGAGCCCUCCGGACAAAAGGGCCCCGAGCCUUUGCUCCCUCGACGCAAAGCGGAGCCCCUUCCGAGGCCAGGAGAGGAUGAGCUGCCGCGGGACAAGCCUGCGCCCGUUGAUAAAGUGGCUGCUCCAGGUGGCAAAACUUUUCCCCAAGGGUCCCCUCAAAAGUCUGGAGGAAAACUCGGUCCUCAGCUUGGAACCGAUUUAAAUGCUAAGGGCCAAAAGGAGACGGAAACGGUAAGAGGGGUAAAAGAGCCCUCUGCGAAAGCCCAGCCCCAGACGAAUCCCACGGGGCCAGAUGCCAAAUUGACUCCAAAGGGCCAACCAGCCUCCACGGGUGCCAAGCCCGGCCAAGGCCGACCUCAGGUCCAGGCCCAACCGCCUCCAAGAGCACCGGAGUCAGCCAAGCGUUUCGGCCUCCACGCAGCAGGCGAUGCCCCCAGGUCACUCCCCGCAGCCCCUCCGGAAACGGUUACCGGGAAGCUGUUUGGAUUCGGGGCUUCGAUUUUCAGCCAGGCUUCUAGUUUGAUUACCACAGGGGGCCAGCCAGGAGCUCAGGUGCCCGGAGCUGCCCCUUCAGCCCCCUCCAGGCAGCCCCCUCCUCCUACCCUGCUGAAAGAGCCCCCUCCGCCAUCUCCCAGGGGAGGGGCCGCAAGGAAAGAAGCCAAGCCUCCUGUGGCAGAGAAGCGCCCCCCAAAGGAAGCCAUCCGCGUCAGCCAGCCAGAGGCCGAGAAGAAGCCGCCACCGCUGCCUGCCGGGGCCUCCCAAGCGCCCCUCGGGGCUGGAGGAGAGGAGAGGGCAGGGGCCCCGGAGGCCCCCCAGGGCCCCCCAGAGGUGGCGUCCGUGUGUCCCCUCUGUGAAACAGGUCUGAACGUGGGCUCUGGAGGCCCUCCAAAUCACGGCACGUGCACAGAGUGCAAGGCGGUCGUGUGCAGCCUCUGUGGAUUUAACCCAACGCCCCACAUCACAGAGGUUCAAGAAUGGUUAUGCUUAAACUGCCAAACUCAAAGGGCACUAUCAGGACAACUUGGGGAUAUAGAAAAAAUCACAUCUCCUGUAUUUCCAAAAUCUUCGGCCAGACCAACAAAUGUCCUUCAAAGUCAGUCUAAACCUGCUGAGCUGCCCCACCAACAAAAGAUUUCAGCAAAACCUGCCCUGGUGCCUGAAAAACCAAAGAUGGGUUCAAAAAUUCAGAAAGAGGAUCCCAAGAGUCAGACAGAUCGGGUGACCUUGAAAAAAAUACCAUCAGCUGAUAAAAUCCUACAAGACGCUCAAAAGCCAGAUCGAAAGGUUUAUCCAGGCAAAAUGACAAAAGUAGCCUCAGAUGGUGAAAUUGUGAAAGUUGAACCAAAAUUUCAGCAGGCAAAAUUGGCCAAAAUACUAUCCUUUGAUCAAAUUCAGAAAGAAGAUUCAAAACGAAUUCCAGCGAAAAUAAUGAAAACGGCUUCUGCCGACCAGCUGUUAAAAGAUUCUGUGAAAUUCAAGGAACUAAAACAAGUGAAAUUGCCCAGGGCGGGACCAGAGUCUUCCGAGACAAUUAGCAGCCAAAGACCACCAUCAGAAGCCUCAGAUCACCUCGCCGAAAUCGAACACGCAUCAAAACAAGAGCAAUCGUUUGAACAAAAGCCAGACUCUGAAAUGCAUCUAGCAACAAAACAGCAGGAAGAUCCCACACUAUCAGAAACGAUUUCAAAAGCUCAUAAACUACCUGAGGAAAAUCUUUCAGAUCUACCGGUGUCAUUACCAAAAUCUUACCCUGUGGAGUCAGUGAGAGAAAAAACAGAAAAAGAAGAUGACAGAUCAGAUAUAUCAAGUUCUCAGCAGCCCAAAAGCCCUCAAGGCUUGAGUGAUACAGGAUAUUCCUCUGAUGGCGUCUCUAGUUCGCUUGGGGAAAUUCCAAGCCUUAUUCAGAUGGACGAAAAGGAUGCGCUGAAAGGGUCCUUUGAGAAAGAGUCUCUUUCGCAAGGGGGCAGCCCGGCCAGCCCCUCCGACCUGGCUAAGCUAGAAAGCACCGUCUUGUCCAUUCUGGAAGCUCAGGUCACAAGCCUCGUGGAGGAGAAGUCUGGAAGGACUGAGCCGGCCAAGGCCUCUCGUGACACAGCACUCUUGCCUGCCGCCUCGGAGCCACUCCGUUGUGAGGAGGAAGCUUUGAGAAAACUGAACCUUCAAGAUGAAGGAGGCCCUGAACGAGGCGGGGAAGAAAAUUUGGCCCCCCCUCAGAAAGGGCCCAGGCAGGCCGCAGGCGUGGCAGAGAGUGCGUCAACCAGAAGGCAGCGCUACGAUUCUGUGGAAGACAGCAGCGAGAGCGAAAACUCCCCCGCCCCACGGAGAAGAAGAAGGCGGCAGACCAGCGCUGGCUCCUCAAGCAGCGAUGAUGAAGGCAAAGCGGAAGACAGUCCAGCCUCAGGCGACGAUGAGGAUUUCAUUCGGAAGCAAAUCAUGGAGAUGAGCGCUGACGAAGAUGCUUCCGGUUCCGAAGAUGAAGAAUACAUCAGAAAACAGUUAAAAGAAAUUAGUGCAAAUGAAACUCAGAAGAAGGAAGAAGUUAAGUUCAAAAAAGGAAUAGGUGGAAAACAUAAGAGGGUAUCACGUAAAAGUAGUGCGGGCUAUGAAGAGGAAUCUGGCAGGCGCCAUUCCUGGCAUGAUGAUGACGAUGAUGAGGCUUUUGAUGAAAGUCCAGAACCAAAAUAUAGAGAGACAAAAAGUCAAGAGAGUGAAGAAAUUACUGCAACCGGAGGAGGGGGUCUUCGUCGCUUCAAAACAAUAGAACUUAACAGUACAAUAACAAAUAAAUUUUCUGAGGGUUCAGAAGCACCAAAGAGAGGUUUAUACUUUGAUGAAGAGCCAGAAUUAGAAAUGGAGAGCCUGACAGAUUCACCAGAGGACAGAUCACGUGGAGAAGGAUCUUCUAGUCUGCAUGCCUCCAGCUUCACCCCAGGUACGUCUCCUACCUCUGUUUCGUCCUUUGAUGAAGACAGUGACAGCAGUCCCAGUCACAAAAAAAUGGGGGGAGAAACCAAGCAGCAGCGUAAAGCCAGACACCGGACACAGGGGCCUCUUCUCCCGACAAUUGAGGACUCUUCCGAGGAAGAGGAACUCCGGGAGGAGGAAGAGUUGCUGAAGGAGCAGGAGAAACAGCGGGAACUAGAGCAGCAGCAAAGAAAGAGCUCUAGCAAGAAAUCCAAGAGAGACAAAGACGAGCUCAGAGCCCAGAGAAGGAGAGAGCGACCAAAAACACCACCCAGUAACCUUUCUCCGAUCGAGGACGCUUCCCCAACGGAAGAACUGCGUCAGGCGGCAGAGAUGGAGGAACUGCAUCGAUCUUCCUGCUCUGAAUAUUCACCGAGUAUUGAGUCUGACCCUGAAGCUUUUGAAAUCAGUCCGGAAAAAAUAAUAGAAGUGCAGAAAGUUUAUAAAUUGCCAACGGCUGUCUCGCUCUAUUCUCCUACAGAAGAACAGCCCGUCGGAAUGGCCAAGCAAGGGAACAAUCAGAAGACUUUGAAAAGCGCAGAGGAGGUAUACGAAGAAAUGCUGCAGGCAUCUCAGACGGCCAGACCGCUUCCAGGUGAAAACGAAAGGGAAGAAGUGUUCGAGAAGGAACCUUUAUAUGGUGGCAUGCUCAUAGAAGACUAUAUCUAUGAAUCCUUAGUAGAGGAUGCGUACAACGGGGAGUCCAACCUCAUUGCAAAACAAGAGGAGUGUGAAGAAUUUAGCCAAGAGGAAGAGCAGAAAACCCCCCCGGAGCACAUCUAUGAAGAAUCUAUGCAAAAGCCCAUUGAUUUACAAGACGGCUAUUACAGAAUAGAGCUUUUGCAUUCAAUUAUGCCUCAGGAGGACAUUGUUUCUAGUUCUUACAUCAUGCCAGAAAGUCAUGAAAUUGUUGUCCUGGACAGUGUGGCACCAUCUUCAUCGAGUGAUGAAAAACAGCUGCUAGAGGCAGAGGCGGUUUAUGAAGAACUGAUGAAGCGGCAGGGAAUACAGCUGACCCCGGGCUCCAGCCCUACCCAGUCAUCCCCUGAAUUGGCUUCCGUCACAAAGAGGAGGAGUCUGUCCGGAGAAGUGGGAGAUAGUAGCUCCCUAGUGUCAAGCACUUCUUCAACAGUUUCAGACACAAUGUCAGCCAGCCCUGUAAUGCUGCCCAUUCCAGAUGUUAAAAUUACCCAGCACUUUACAGUGGAAGAAACGGAGGAUAACUAUUUUACUGAUUAUGCCCGUGAGGUGGAAGAAAUUAUUUCCCAGGAAACGUCCGUGUCGGCAUACUCGGAGGCCUUAGAAAGUGCCACCCCUCUUUUCCCAUCGGAGACGUGUUCUCUCACGUCAUCUACGUCUUCUGUUUACACGGCUAGCACCCCUUCACCCGUAGCUGGAUCAGAUGGCAUCACUCCCAUUUGUAGCGAUUCAGUAGAUGCUCUUAGUGGACCAUCAGAUUCAGAAGGGGUCGUUUCAGUGGCACAGGCUACUAGAAUUUCCCAAAGUGAGGGCUAUGAACCUCUUACGUUAUCCCCCAAGAAGGAACCCAUAGCCAAAGAUCUGACUGAUGCCAGUCAGGAAUCAGUUACCUUUCCUGAAACCAACUCCUUUGCAUCCACUUCUGUAGAAACAAAAUCUACAAGUUUUGUCCAUGCUGCCUUGGCAGAGGAUGGCAAAGCUGGAAGAGAUGUGGCAAAGGUUAAUGAACUAAAGAGAGUUUCUGAAGAUGAAUAUUCAAGGAUUUCCAUUAAUAUGGCAGGAAUAAAGGCUAUAUCCGACCAAGAAUUUACCUGCGUAGUUCCAUUAUGUACUGUUUCUUCUAUUACCCCUGCAUCUGAAGCCUCUCCGGCUUUCAUUGCUGCUUCCCAAACAUACUCAUUUUUGGAAAGAUCUCUUGUUCAUCCCUCUCCACCAUAUCCUCCCCCUCCCCCUCCCCCACCUCCCCCACCCAUUCUACCAAAGCCAGCCAUUUAUCCUAAAAAGAAGCCACCAGUUAAAGCUGCAGUGACCACAGUUCCCACCAUGAUACCAUCCAUUAGUACUGCCAAAAUAGCAGAGGCCUCUGCUAUAAAAACCAGUGUGUCUCCUGUCACAAAAAUAUGCAUGCCAACCCCACCUCCCGUCCCCCCUAAGCCAGCUUUAAUUCCAGCAGGGCUUGUAUUCGCGCACAGACCUUCUGAAAUAAUAAAGCCGCCAAUUGCUCCUAAACCAGCCGUUCCUCAUAAACCAACAGAAACACAGUCCAAGCCAGCCAGCCUGCCUUUUACCAGCUCCAUGACUUUGAACUUGGUUUCCCCUGCUGAAUACAAAUUGGCCUCUCCCACCUCCCCUUCAACUCCACAUUCUAAUAAAUCUUCCCCCAGGUUGUCCAAACCCUCUCAGGAAACCUAUGUUGUUAUCACGUUGCCCUCUGAGCCCGGGACUCCAACGGAAUCCAUUAUCAGCCAAGCCGUCAGCAGUUGGCCUUCGGCUUUGCCCUUUAAGGAACAAGCGCCAGAAGCUAUACGGACGUUCAUGUCAUCUGUAAGUUCGCUGCAAAUGCAAAGUACAACAGAUCAAAGCAAGAGUAUCCCAGAUGCUUUGAAUGCUGUUGCUUCUAUGCCUAUCACUACAACUGGACAACCAAUUUUUGGCAUGGUGCCUAAGUCCACCACAGAACUAAUAACAGCAAGGACUACCGUGUCUUUGGUAAGAAAUGCUGGGUUAGAUAGUGUUUCCAUAACUAUGCCCCCAGACACAUUGCCUGUGGUAGAGCGAACCAAAUACAGAGAAAAUGGAAGAUCCGGUGUCUUUGGUGAUGUUAUGGAUCUCCGCACCCUGACUAAGACUAGUAUUGAUAGAACAGAUAGCUGCAUUGACCUAUCUUCCACUCCCGCAGAUGUGAGAAGACAGACAAUGGCAGGUGACACUUCUGGCCAGUCAGUAAGCACAGUUCAGCCAGGGAUCAUAAAUCUUAGUACAGUGUCCAUGGUCAGCCUCUCUUUAGCUCCGGUGGCUGAUGCCAUUUCAGUGGUGACCUGUGCAUCUACUGUAAGUUACAGUACCAGUAUAGAAAGCCUCAUAGACCUUGGGCAUGGAAUGACAACUCCACUUCAAUUAACAACAUCAAAGCAUUUUGAGCCUGGUCCUGGAAUAACAGGAAGGCAGGCCCUCUCUGCAGACAGAGAAGAUACUCCAAUAAAUCUGUCCCUUGGAACGCCCACAUCGGCACUCGUGUGGGCUACUACAAAGCCUGUCACUGCACCUCCGAUUGGGGUAACCAACGGUUGUGUCAACGCUUCUGAUGCUCACAAAGCUACGGACAGUGGCGUGGUUGACCUGAGCAUUACAAAAUCCUACAGAACAAUGGUGACUGUUGAUGAAACGACUUCAGGAUUUUUUACAACUGUAAUAGAAGAGGAUGAAAAACCUGUAGAUUUGACCGCAGGGAAAAGGGCUGUUUGUUGCGAUGUGAUUUACAAAUUGCCAUUUGGGAGUAGCUGCACCGCUCCAGCCCCAGCAACUACCCUCCCCGAAGAUCGUUUUGGCUACAGGGAUGACCACUACCAGUAUGACCGCUCCGGGCCCUACGCUUACAGAGGAACUGGGGGUAUGAAGCCCUCCAUGUCGGAUACCAGUUUAUCCGAGGCUGGGCUCUACCAGUACAAAAACAAGAACGCCCUUGAGCACCAGGUUGGGGCAGCCGAUCUAGCGGUAGACUUGACUUCUGGCAGAAUCACUACAGGUGAAAUUAUGGAUUAUUCAAGCAAGAUUACUGAUCUAUAUCCAGAGAGCCAACAUGUGAUUUCUGGCAUUAGUGCACCUCAGUAUUCCCAAGCAAGAAUGGUCUCCUCCUUAGGACCCCCCUAUGGAAGUGUAUUGAGAUCAUCCAAUGGGGUGGUUUACUCUUCAGUGGCAGCUCCGGUCCCAUCUACAUUUGCUAUUACCACACAGCCUGGCUCUAUUUUCAGCACUUCAGUCCGAGACCUGCCUUCUCUUCAUGCCGUUGAUUCAGUGCCUUCCUUGUCAAACUUGCCACAGAGCCAGGCGCUCCCAAGAUCAUUACACUUUUUGACAACCGUGUCUUCUGAAAAAGACACUCCUGUUGCUGGCAUUGACCCAGGGAUGCAACCUCUCCCUCUAGAAACUAUUGCCACUGAGCCAGCGCUGCCUGUCUUUAGUACGGCUUCUGAAGCGUUCAUAGAUGGAAUUGAAGAUGAAGGAACGGUUCUCAUUGACCCUGAAGAAGACAAGCAGCAGCAUCUGGACAUAGAACGUGAGCUUCUGGAGCUUGAAAAACUGAAGCAGCAGCGCUUUGCAGAAGAGCUAGAAUGGGAACGUCAAGAAAUACAGAGGUUUAGAGAACAAGAGCAGUUCAUGGUUCAAAAGAAGCUCGAGGAACUGCAUUCCAUGAAGCACCACCUUCUCUAUCAGCAGGAAGAAGAGAGGCAAGCUCAGUUCAUGAUGAGACAAGAAACAUUGGCUCAGCAGCAGCUGCACAUUGAACAAAUCCAACAACUUCAACAGCAGCUUCACCAGCACUUAGAAGAGCAAAAAAUCCACCAGAUGUAUCAAUAUAAUUAUGAUCCUUCUGAAAUGGUGUCCCCACAAACGACCACAGAUCAAGUCCUUCUUGACGGCCAGUAUGCUGCAAGCAACCAGUUCUGGCCUGGCGAGGAGGUGACCACCACUACUUCUGCUCUCCUGGAGAUGGAAAUUCCAGACAGCCAAGGCUGGUACGCUGUCCAGUCAAAUGGCAUGACUCAGUACAUUCCCAAGCCAGGGACGUUAAGUUCUGUUUCUGAGCUAUCUCUUAAAGACAUGGAUGUGAGAGAGGAAAAACAACUUAAAAAGAAGAAUUCCAUGCCAAAGCUGCACGGCCUUUACGAGGAGCGCAGUGAAGGCACUGAAGGUGAACCCAGGGGUCUUAAAAAGAUAGUGGAGAGUGGCGUCCAAACAGAUGAUGAGGAUAGCGCAGACCUGGCCUACGCAGACCGGAGACGCAGGACCAAAAAGAGUGUUGACACGAGUGUUCAGACGGAUGAUGAGGAUCAAGAUGAAUGGGAUCCCACCAACAGAUCAAGAAGAAAGACCCGUGUAGGGAAAUACGAAGGGAGCACAGAGGUGGAUAAGGCUAAACCCUUCUCCAAGGUCUCCAGUAUUGCGGUGCAGACUGUGGCAGAGAUAUCUGUACAAACGGAGCCUGUCGGAACCAUAAGGACUCCAUCAGCCAGGGCCCAGUUAGAUGCAAAGGUAGAAAUAGUCAAGCACAUUUCAGCUCCAGAAAAGACGUACAAAGGAGGAAGUUUGGGAUGUCAGACAGAAACAGAUUCAGACACCCAGAGUCCCCUGUACCAUAGAGUCACUUCCCCUCAGAAAGAUAAAAAGCGCCCAACGCCAUUAGAGAUAGGCUAUUCAUCCCACCUGCAUCCAGAAACCACCUUUCAGGUGGCUCCUUCAGCUCCUAAGUCUCCCAAAGUCCUCUAUUCUCCCAUUUCACCUGUUCCUCCAGCUGCAGUCAUGGAGUCGGCCUUUGUGCCCUAUGAGAAGCUGAUGGCUGAAGAUAUUAGUUCUCAGAAAACUCUUCAUGCCGACGUCUCCACGGCUCCUCAGCUGAGCCCAAAGUCUGCCAAGGUGAUCCAGCGCUCUUUGUCGGACCCGAAGCCCCUGAGCCCCACGGCUGAGGAUCUCUCCAGGGCUCACUUCCAGUACACAGAGGGCUUCUUGGUAAGAUCUCAUUCUUCACGAGCACCUUCAGGAUCGCAGAAGAAGGUCAAGAGGACCCUGCCCAACCCGCCUCCCGAGGACGUUUCGGUAGGAACACAAUCGGCCUUCUCCACCGUGGGAUCGAUUUCACGCCGGAGGAUGUGCAGAAGCAACACGAUGGCCAGAGCUAAAAUCCUCCAGGAUAUAGACAGAGAACUAGACAUGGUAGAAAGAGAAUCUGCUAAGCUUCGCAAAAAGCAAGCAGAGCUUGACGAGGAAGAAAAAGAAAUAGAUGCAAAACUCCGGUAUCUGGAAAUGGGCAUAAACCGACGCAAGGAAGCCCUGCUCAAGGAAAGAGAGAAGAGGGAGAGAGCCUACCUGCAAGGGGUAGCGGAGGAACGUGAUUAUAUGUCCGACAGUGAAGUCAGCAGCACCCGGCCUGCCAGGGCAGAAUCCCAGCAUGGCCUGGAGAGGCCGAGGACUGCACCCCAAACAGAAUUCGACCAAUUCAUACCCCCCCAGACACAACCAGAAACUCAGUUUGCUACUCCUACAAGUCCUUAUACACAGUAUCCAUACUCUUCCCCUGCCCUUCCUACUCAGGCACCAACUCCCUAUACGCAGCAAUCCCAUUACCAGCAGCCGCCGCCUUUGUAUCAACAGCAGGUUUCGCCCUACCAGACUCAAACCGUGGUGACCGUGUCCUUCACUCCUCAAGCUCAACCCCCACCAACUCUGCAGCCUUCCUAUCAGCUCUCCUCUCCCUUGGUGAUGAUCCCGCAAAAAGCAAGGCAAACCUCAUUAUACAUGGAACCCAAGAUAACAACAAACUACGAUGUCAUCCGCAAUCCGUCUCUCAUGAUAGCACCCGCUUCCUCUGAUAGCGCCUACUCGGUGGCUCACUUGGGUAGCAAGUACAGCACUUUGGAUCUGAGGUUGGGGCUGGACGAAAGGAGCAGCCUGGCCAGCAGCCCCAUCUCGAGCCUGUCAGGUGACUCUUUCUAUGCAGACGUUGACCACCACAGCGCUCGCAGUUACCUGCUGCUUGAUGACAUGGGGGAUCUCCCCAAGGAAACACCGACCCUGAGCUCCACCUAUGGCCUGCACGAAAAGGACCUCGGCAAAACCGACAGGCUCCUUCGGGCCACCGAGGCUCGGAGAGUGCAAGAGGUCCCAGAUUUCCUCUCCUCCCUACAAACGUCUUCCCGGCUGCACAGCUACAUGAAGACCGAGGAAGACCCCAUGGAGGACCCUUACGAACUGAAACUUCUGAAGCAUCAGAUCAAGCAGGAGUUCCGGAGGGGCGCAGAAAGCAUGGACCACCUGGCUGGCCUCUCCCACUGUUACCACGCAGAUACGAAUUACAGGCAUUUCCCCAAGUCUGAGAAAUACAGCAUCAGCCGGCUGACUCUGGAGAAGCAAGCGGCCAAGCAGCUUCCAGCAGCCCUUCUCUAUCAGAAACAAUCCAAACAUAAAAAGGCUUUGAUGGAUCCCAAAAUAUCCAAAUUUUCACCCAUUCAGGAAAGCAGGGAUCUUGAGCUUGAUUAUUCAACCUAUUUGACUUCCAACACCUCUUCAGUUGGGAGCAUCACCUCCAAAGCAAAACUGCUCCAAGAUGACAUAACAUUUGGCCUUCGAAAAAACAUUACAGACCAGCAGAAGUACAUAGCUCCAACUUUGUCUCAUUCCCUGGGAACGAGCCUUGGGGCAGCACUGAGUGUCACCAUGAGGUCAGCUUUACAGGACGAUGUGGACAAAUCCUACGCCAGCGCUACGAGAUCGAGACCUUCCUCUAGGCCAUCCUCUGUCUAUGGGCUUGACCUGUCCCUGAAACGAGACACUUCCAGCUCUUCUUUGAGGUUGAAAGCCCAGGAAGCUGAACCCCUCGACGUUUCCUUCAGCCCCGCAGCUCCUUCUGGAAGAACUAAGCCUACUAGUCUACCGAUAAGUCAGAGCAGAGGGCGGAUUCCAAUAGUCGCACAGAACUCGGAGGAAGAGAGUCCUUUAAGUCCAGUGGGGCAGCCAAUGGGGAUGGCGAGGGCGGCCGCUGGGCCCCUGCCACCGAUAUCUGCAGACACCAGGGAUCAGUUUGGCUCAAGCCAUUCCUUGCCGGAAGUCCAGCAGCACAUGAGGGAGGAGUCACGCGCUCGGGGCUACGACCGGGAUAUUGCCUUCUUCAUGGACGACUUCCAGCACGCCAUGUCAGAUAGUGAAGCCUACCACCUGCGUCGGGAAGAAACAGAUUGGUUCGACAAACCUCGGGAGCCCCCUCUGGAGAAUGGACCUGCUUUUGAUAGAAGGCUGCCGGAUAAGUUAGCCCACUCAAGACCACCGAGCCAGCAUCAGGACCAAAUUAUUGGGAAGCCUAUCCAAUACACCUUCCCUCAUGCAAGGCUGAAGCUCUUGAGCGACCCAAAAGAUCACUCUGUUUCAGGCAAUGGACUUGGGAUUCGAGUUGUAGGUGGAAAAGAAAUUCCUGGAACCAAUGGAGAAAUUGGUGCUUACAUUGCAAGGAUCUUACCAGGUGGAAAUGCUGAACAAACAGGGAAACUUAUGGAAGGCAUGCAGGUGCUGGAGUGGAACGGCUUUCCUCUGAUGGGCAAGACCUACGAAGAGGUCCAGAGCAUUAUCGGUCUCCAGAGUGGGGAAGCUGAAAUAUGUGUAAGACUGAAUGUCAGCAUGCUGUCUGAAGGCGAGAAUUCCCAACAUCUGGAAUGGCUUGAGCCGGGAAAGACGGUGGAUAAAACAAAAUCUCCAGGAGUCGAUCCUAAGCAACUGGCUGCAGAGCUGCAAAAGGUUUCUCUGCAACAGGCUCCCCUGACGGCCUCUUCAGCCGUGGAGAAGGGGUCCCACGGGCACUCUGGGACCGCGUCAGCCGCCUCCAGCUCCGUGCCCAGCCCUGGGCAGCCUGGCUCUCCUUCAGUGAGCAAGAAGCGGCACAGCGGCAAGCCUGCUGAAGUCUCAAAGGGGGGUCCCCAUCCCAUAACUGGAGAAAUCCAGCUUCAAAUCAACUAUGACAAGCAACUUGGUAAUUUGAUUAUUCAUGUCCUUCAAGCAAGAAAUCUUGCUCCCCGUGACAACAAUGGUUAUUCUGACCCUUUUGUCAAAGUUUACCUUCUGCCAGGAAGAGGCCAAGUCAUGGUUGUCCAGAAUGCAAGCAUUGAGAACAAGAGAAAGACAAAAUACAUACAGAAAAGCUUGAAUCCUGAAUGGAACCAGACGGUUAUUUAUAAAAGCAUCUUCAUGGAGCAGCUGAAAAAGAAAACUCUGGAAGUCAGUGUCUGGGAUUAUGAUAGAUUCUCCUCUAAUGACUUCUUGGGUGAAGUCUUAAUCGAGCUGUCCAGUGCCUCUCCCCUGGAUAACACUCCUCGCUGGUACGUUCUGAAGGAGCAGAGUGAAAGCCUUGACCACGGGAGAUCCCACUCAGGGCAGGGUAGCCAACAGUCUCCGAAACCGUCAGUCAUCAAGAGCAGAAGUCAUGGUAUUUUUCCUGACCCAUCCAAAGAUAUGCAGAUGCCCACCAUUGAGAAGUCCCACAGCAGCCCAGGAAGUUCCAAAUCUUCCUCUGAGGGACAUCUGCGUUCUCACGGACCAUCUCGCAGCCAAAGCAAAACCAGUGUCACUCAAACUCACCUUGAAGAUGCUGGGGCAGCCAUCGCUGCUGCUGAAGCCGCUGUCCAACAGCUCCGUCUCCAACCAACUACCCAUAAAAGCGGUCAGUCUAAUCAUGCAAGGAAGCUGCACAGACACAGCAUAGCGGGAGUCCUCCCAAUUCAAAGAACUCAGUCUGACAAUCUGCCUCCACCAGCCAGUGACAACAAAGAGCAAAGCCAACUAGCCCUCAGGAAAGUGAUGUCCGAUGGACCCUUCAACCCUGAAGGAGCCAGGUCUGCCAACCACAGGCCAGGAGAAAGCUCGGUCUCUUCCACUGGCUCAUCCACCAGCACCUUUGGCAGCGGAUACAGCGUGGACAGUGAAGGAAGCAACGGCAACACCACCACCGCCACCACCACCACGGGGGACAGCAACCAUUUCCCCAUUCCAAGAAUAGGAAAGAUGAGCCAGAAUGGACAAGAAGCUGUGAAGCAAUCAGGGGUAGGAUUAACAGAGAUUGAAGGUAAAACUCAGGUGAUGGGUGAAAUAAAGAUUGCCUUAAAGAAGGAAAUGAAGACCGAUGGAGAACAGUUAAUAGUGGAAAUCCUGCAAUGCAGGAAUAUAACUUACAAGUUUAAAUCUCCAGAUCAUUUACCAGAUUUAUAUGUAAAGCUGUAUGUCGUCAACCUUGGGACUCAAAAGAGGGUGGUGAAGAAGAAAACGAGAGUGUGCCGGCACGACCGAGAGCCUUCCUUCAAUGAGACCUUCCGGCUCAGCCUGAGCCCCUCCGGCCAUUCGCUCCAGAUUCUUCUUGUUUCCAAUGGAGGAAAGUUUAUGAAGAAAACCUUGAUUGGUGAAGCAUAUAUUUGGCUUGAUAAAGUGGACCUUAGGAAAAGAAUUGUAAACUGGCACAAACUUUUAGUUAGUUCCACACAAGCCCAUUGA